AUGACUGACUGGAGAAGAAUUGACAUUGAUGCUUUCGACCCGGAAAGCAGGCUGAAGACUGAAGAUUUGCUACCACCGUAUACGACGCAAGUUACUCUUGCCGAGCUUCAGCCCAAGAUUACCCAGCUACGCAACCUGUCGACUAGUGGUGACAUCAGUGCUGCUGUUCAAUUGGCGAUGCAGGACCCACCAUACAGCGCCGACGGCGCCACGAAAGCUGCGUACUUCCAAGCCGUGCUGGAUACGCUGUCGCAAGUGAGACAGGCCGACAUUGCCAACAUAGUGAAGCAGCUGUCCCUAGACCAAGAAGCGGUCCUUGUGAAGUAUCUAUAUAAAGGUAUGUCUGUUCCCGAGGGCCAAAGGCAGGGUGGCAUCCUGCUUGCGUGGUUCGAGAAACUGACACAGGCCAGUGGUAUAGCACCAAUCACACACUACCUAUCCGACAGGAGAACCGUGUGA